AUCAUCGUGGGCGUUUAAUCUGUCAGUACUGUUUCAAUUCUAGAGUGCUAUGGCGUCUUUACAACUCGAAGGAGACGUGGACAGUCUCCAUUCACUCCAACAACAGUUCCUCCGCGAUGUACUCGAUAAACGAGGUUUUAAAAAUAAUAGAGUUAUAAUAAAAACUCUCGGUAAGGCUGGUGAUAAUUUUAUGGCCAAUGUGAAAAGAAUAACGGUUGAAAAAGAAGAUGGAGGAGUCCUAAAUAUAGUAGCGAAAUUGGCAACAACCGUUGAAAUUACUCGCCUUACAAUGAGUAUAAAGCAAGUGUUUGAAAAUGAACGAGUGGUUUAUCAACUCUUAUUGCCUAAGUUCCGUAAGCUACAAAACGAAGCGGGCGUGCCCAAAGAAGACCUGUUUCACUUUCCUGAAUGUUAUGGUGCCCUAACAGAAGCACCAUACGAAAUGAUUCUUCUAGAAGAUCUAAACGUUUACGGCUAUGUUAUGCUUGACAAACAAAAAUACUUCUCCGAUGAAGUUGUGAAACUUGUCCUCAAAGAUUUAGCUACCUAUCAUGCUUUGUCUUUCGUUUUAAAACAGAAAGAACCAGCAUAUUACGAAGAUUUGAAAUUAAAAUUCUUCAGCUCUUGGAGUCAAGGUUUAAAACAAGAGAUGUUUAAAAAUAGUUACACUGUUUUGUUAAACGACACUAUAUCAAUAUUAGACGAAGAUAAAUACACAAAUAUACUUAAAGACGUAUUUAGUAAAAUGAGAGAUCAUGAUGCUAAUGUAAUUAGUAAACCAAGUUUACCUACAAACUCAAUCAUUCAGCAUGGUGAUGCAUGGACUAAUAACUUACUAUUUUUAUUACGCGACGAGAAGCCAGCUGAAUGCAUACUUAUCGACUACCAAAUGGCUACUCCUGCUAGUCCUGUCAACGAUCUUCUUUUUAUGAUCUUCUACUGCACUGAUUACGCUGCCAGACGUACCCAUUACGAGGAUUGGAUCAGCUACUAUUACUCACAACUGGAUAGGUCUCUUAACUACUUCGGAUUGAGAGCUCAUACUGUGUACCCACGAGAUCAGCACAGUAGAGAGUUGAAGAGUCAUUCGGCAUUUAUACUCGGAUUAUUAAUCUUGUUCUCAUCAAUGAAUGCAAGAUCAUCAGAUGAAGCUGCUGAAAUGAAAGAUUUAAUGCAGUCUGAAAAAUUCGUAAAAGAUCCGGAUGUGAUGGGAGUCUCUCAUUUAAGUCCGAAAUCACUUGCCCUAUUCAAAAGUAAGGUCAAGGGCAUACUUGAUAGUUAUUACGAUUUAGGUUAUAUAUAAAUUGUUUUGUAUAAUUGUUACUCAGUUUAAUGUUUGUUAUAUUUGAAGGUAAUAUCAGUGAUUGUUAAAAUAAAAGUGAAGGAUACCUA